AUGAUAAAAUGCUUACAUUCUAGCCAGUUCAACUUUACAAAGGAGAUGUUUAUUGCUGAGAUUGCCGAAUAUUUUCAGCAGGCGGGUUUCACAACACUCACCUACGACCCUCGGUCUAUAGGUCAAAGCGAUGGAUCACCGCGCAAUAACAUCGAUCCCUCUCGUAAUGCGGCCGACUAUCAUGACGCUCUGAGCUUUCUCAAAACCCAUCCACUAGUGGACCCAUCAUGUAUUGCCUUUUGGGGGUUUUCCUUCAGCGGAAUGGUGGCUUUGACGGCUGCUGCCCUUGACAAGCGGGCUAAGGCGGUGGUCGCUGUCUGCCCACUAAGUGUGUUUGAAUAUCCCCCCGAGAAAUGGCCCGGGGUGUUAUCCAAGGCCAUGAAGGACCGGGAGUCACAGCUUGGGGGUAAUAAGCCCUUUUACAUUCCAAUGAUCACCGAUACGGGCGAGAACCCCGCAGGCUUCGGCUCGGGGAUCGAUCAGGAAGGCUUCAAUCUGAUCAUCGGAGCCAAGUCUCUGGUUCCCAAUUUUGAACUGCCGACCACCCUUCAAAGUUACUAUCACAUCGCCGCAUGGCAGCCCUUAGGGCUGAUGCCUUUCGUGUCGCCAACCCCGGUCAUGGUGGUCACCCCGGAACUCGACCUCGUUUCGCCAGCCAUAAAGCAGAAGAAUCUAAUCUUUGAUAAGUUUGAUGGAUCCAAGCGGCAUUUGGUGGUGCCUGGGAAAGGACAUAUGGAUGUUUUGAGUGGAAAUGACUUUGGGCUAGUCCUGGAUGCGCAGGUGGAGUUCUUGCGUGGCAUUUUCAGUGUGUGA